AUGCUCGCAGCAAAAGCAACAAUACCAGACGCAUACAAAACCACUACCCUCCGCGCGGCCCCCCGGCCACCCAAGAACUACUACCACGCCUACCCAGCUGAUCGCCAACUCCGGGACUACAUAACCAGCCCAACCAUUAUCGUAUCCGUUAUCCUCCUCUUCCUAUCCGCCCUCUAUCAGCUGUUAUUCAGCGACCAGCACACUCGUACGCGCUUAAAAAACAUCAUCUGGGCCCGCGUGGUCGAUAUCAUUCCCGCCACUUUACUCUUCAAAGUCGACGGCUUCCUCAACCCGCCGCUGUUCCCCAAUCCUAUGACGCCCGCAGAAAUAGACGACUCGCACGAAGCCAAGAGCCAGGCUCUCGGGAGGAUAUUGGGUCUGGACAAGCCAGGAGGCGUCAUGGAAUCCGUUACUUCGGCUGGGCUUAAGGGCCUCAGCACCUUGUCCAGCGUCGGCUGGAGCUUCAACCAAAGCGCUUCAGAUCGACCGGCAGGAUUAGGAAACAACGACAACUCAUGCUACCAGAACAGCAUUCUCCAGGGCCUGGCUUCGCUCCAGGGCUUGCCCAAGUACCUUGCCCGGGUAUCUGAAACCUACAGCGACGCCAAGUCGACGAUGCCGACCACACAGGCAAUGGCGGGCCUCAUCGCAACACUCAACGACAAGGCCAACUAUGGGCAAUGUGUAUGGCCACCCGGCGUACUCAAGAACAUGAGCACGUGGCAGCAGCAAGAUGCACAAGAGUACUUCUCCAAGUUGCUGGAUCAAAUCGACAGAGAGGUGGCCAAAGCUGCGGCAACCCACAAGAAGUCCUUGGCAUUCGAUCGCGAUCAGCUGCAGGAUGAUGGUGCUAGCAGCCUCCACAGCGAUGAUAGCGGCUACCAUAGCUCCGGUCAAAGUUCCUCUAAAUCCGACGCACCCACGAUCAAGAAUCCGCUUGAGGGGCUUAUGGCCCAGAGGGUAGUCUGUGUCAAGUGUAAGCACUUUGAAGGACUGGCUAUGAUUCCCUUCAACUGUUUGACUCUUAAUCUCGGCUCUGGACAACUUGGGUACGACCUUUACGAGAGGCUGGACUACAAUGCCCGUGUUGAGUUCAUCGAAGGUGUGCACUGUCCCAAGUGCUCACUGCUCAAGAUGCAGGAGAAGAUCAAGGGUCUGAUACAGAUGCCCAUGGUCGCAAAUGAUGAAACUAGAGUUUCGGAGUUUCGUGAGAGGCUAGCGGCGGUGGAAGAAGCACUCGAAGAAGAUAUGUUUGACGACAAGACGCUAGCUGAGAAAUGCAAGGUUCCGGCUAAGCAGCGAGUCGAGUCGACCAAGACGAAGCAGACGGCAAUCUCUCAGCCACCCAAGAGCUUGGUUAUCCACAUCAACCGAUCAGUCUUUGACGAGAGGACCGGCUACAUGUACAAAGACACUUCCGCCGUGAGGUUUCCCAGCAUGCUGGAUCUAGGACCUUGGUGCCUCGGAAGCGCGAAGAAGCGGGCUGAUCUGGAAGGCGCAAACGGUAUCCUUCCAAGCUCGACCAGCAACGGUGAUCGAGCCGCGGAAGACGAGGAGAAAUGGAAUGUUGAGCCGACAGUCUCCAUGGUGGCGGGCUCCCAACGCCCAUCGACCCUGACUGGGCCACUAUAUGAGCUGCGUGCUGUUGUUACACACCAGGGCCGACAUGAUAAUGGCCAUUAUGUUUGCUACAGGAAGCAUUACAUCAGCCCUCCCGAGAAGGAAAACCAGGCUGAGGUACCGCUACCACAGCUUGUUGCCGAGGAUGAGGCUGCCGCUCCGCAUAUCCAGGCCCCGGACGAGAAAUCAAUUGUCGAGACAACUAUUACGCACGAAGAAAGCGCCCCAAGCCCUGCCUCGGAAGAUGAAGAGAAGACGCUCGUGAGUGAUGCUGAAGAGGAAGCUACCUCGCAGUGGUGGCGACUAAGCGACACGGACGUCCUUAAAGUAGACGAAGAGAGCGUGCUUGAAAGGGGCGACGUCUUUAUGCUAUUCUACGAGUGUGUCGAACCGGAGAUGGCACGGAUACCGGAACGAGAACCCACGAGGACUCUAUCUCCUCAAGCCGAGCUUGCCAAUCACGUCGAUGAUCAGUCAGAGUCCGUUACGUUGGUUGGCUCAGAGAAGCCGGGGGAUGUGGAGGUGGUUAAGUCCGAGGCUCCGAAGGCUGUAAAAGAUGACCCAACAGCAAACGGAAAGGGGACACUUGAACCGCCGAAGACACCGGCCCAUCAGACGGACCCAGCUACGGCGUCGGAGAGCAUGGAAAAACUUGACUAG